AUGUCGUUGAACACACAAGAGGAAGUCUACAAGGAAUACUUAAACUAUGACUGGGAUUCAGAUAAAGACUUUCAAGAAGGACUAAAAGAGAUCUUAGAAUCUUAUCUUUCAAAUAUCAAAGAACAAGAUCCGCUGCAAAUAUCAAUCCCUUAUCUUGAUAAGACACAAUUAACAAAUCAAGCCAAGCUGUUUUUCUUUUGUCAAAAGACUGGUCACAUACUAAACUUGGACGAUUUUGAAGAAUGGAAGAUACACAAUGGUGAUAAGUAUGAAAAGAGUGCUAAAAUUGAUGAAUUAGAUAAUCACAAGGAUGAUGGCCAAGUAGACGAUGCCCUCGGUACUGAAGAUCCGCCUUAUUCAUCCAAUUACCAGAAUUUGGUGGAAUUGAUAAUGUCGGGUAAACCCGUGCCUGGGAUAAAAGAAAUCCCCUCAGUGGUUCUAACCGAUCAAGGAUCAGAACCGAGGGCAGCUCAAAGAAAAAAGCCAUGGGAGGUAAACAAAGAGGAAACUGAUACCUAA